AUGCACCUCGCCCCGUUCGUAACGCGCCCCGUCCGUAGCGCGCCUCAUGUAGCAUGCAUAGCCGCGUGCAGCCAGCAGCACGCACAGCCGCGAGAAGGCAGCGCACACACAACAGCAGCCGCGAGCGCGCGUGCCAUCGCAUGCACACGAGCAGCAGCCGCCGCCACGCACGCAGCAGCCUUCGCCGCGAGCGCAGCAGCCACCACCGCGAGCCACUGCAGCCCCUACCUGCGCCCCGCCCCACCCCGUGCUGCACUCUGCCCUGCCGCCCAAACGCGCAGCCCCACGUACGCCACCGCGCACGAGCAGACGCACGCAUCAGCAGCUGUACGCGCACCCGCUGCUGCCUACGCACUAGGAGCCGCGCACAGCAGCAGCAACUGCACGUGCCUUCGCUACGCACUGCUGCCCGUGCUCCUUGACAGGCCCACCCGUUCCCCACGGCACUAG